AUGGAAGACUACGGUCUCGGGGUGGUGCAAAAUUACCUGGAACUGAAUCCAGAAAACCAUCUGCCAGGACUAGACGAGAUGGACAUUGACAACCUCGACGAAUGGAUAGACUACGACGGCGGCAACGGCCCCCAGAUCGUGAACACUGGAGCCAUCAAUCUUUUCCCAAACGUUAUGGAUAACCCUGAAACCAUCGAUCCUCAGUUGCUAUUCAAUUGGGAUCCCAACCAGGCUGGAACCGCCACGUCCGGGUCAGUGAUUGAGAAUGAAUACAACCUAUACCCUCCACAACCCGAUGAUUCCGAGAUAUCAGGAGUACCUCCCCCUAACGUAAUUCCACCACCAGGGCCGCAACAGCCUCCACGGAUACCCGGUGACGUAAACCCCCAACCCCAAUCCGGGAGACCUCACGACUGGCUCCAAGGUAUCGGGCCGAACGGAAUACAGCCCCCCCAAGAUCCUACACCUAGCGCCGAGAAGCUGAUGAUCCCAGAACUCCCCCCUAUACCUAACGAGAAAAUGGAAGAAGUGGGGAGUAGGAGGGAAAACGAGGAUCAAGACUUCAUCGACUUCUAUCAGCGGCCUGAAUCGGACUGGCUACCCAGUUGGGGCGAAAUGGUCAUACGACGAGUCAACAGGGUUAGGAAACGAGGGGAGACGUUCCAAUAUAAAGAACGCACAACCGAAUUGGACCCUAACCUGACAUUCACUAGGGAGCAACUGGCCACUUUCCUUCGCGGCGAAGGGCAUCCCAACCCCCACCGGCGCCCGACCCUCUGGAUUCAAAACACGCCGACCAAGGUCAAUGAUUGGUACCUAAGUUCGCAGAAAUCAACCAGGUGCCGCUACGACGGCUGCCCUGCGAAGAAAAACACCAUAGCUCAGGGGUACUUCCGCAUAGCGUUCGAUGAGUUUUCUCACUACACCGGCGAGAGACUCAAUCCUUAUCACAACGCCGGGUACAUACAUUUGGACUGCUUCGAGGAGAUCUUUGACCUGGGUUACCUCAUCCACUUCGGCGCUGACCGCCUGCGUAUCCGCAUCCGGCCAGACACUCGAGAGUUUUACCUCCAAGACAGCAACCCAGCAUCGCUCACCCGUAACUACGAGUCCAUGAUAGACAUGUACGAUGAGUGGGUGGCCGGCCAGCGGGACCGCGCCCAACAGCUUGAGGCCAGGAACGCAGGGGUCAUCGCGUACACCGGGCUAGAACCUCCACUCAACCGACCGGGUAAUGAACAUGAGAACCGCCUCGGUUGCAAACUGACCGAUCACCACCUCUCUAAGCAGCCUAAGAUCAGGAAGAAAGUGCGGGACGAGCGCGGUGGGGUGACCAUUAGCGAUCACAGAGGCAGCCUGAGGAAACAGAUGAAGCUCAGGAGAGAAAAAAGAGAUGGCAACAAUCAUCGUACGCCCAGCACCCAGGGCACUCCAGCCCCUAGCAGCAACGGAAACGGAAGUGGAAGCGCAAGUCAGGAGGGGUCUCCCGAUCUGAUGCCAGGGGACGAACGCUUCCGCAUCCUGCUGAGGCGACGGAUGGAACCACUGCGACUGAGACAUGAACGAGAAACCCAGGAACUCGAACAGCGACAUACACAGGAACGCCAAGAACUCGAAAGGCAAAUUUUAGGCGAAUAUCAACAAGAGCAACAACAAUCUCAACUAGAGACACAACAGGGUCGAGGGAUGCAAAACAAGCGGCCGCGGCCAUCUAACGUAGACGGAGGCGAGAAAGAGGAAGAUGAAGACCAAGAACGGACUCCCAAGCGUCCCAGGUGA